CGGUACCAGAAUACCGCUAGCUAGAGCUGUCCACGUCAUCUUCAUUUUUUGGUACGAUUGGUAGAAUACAUGUACCGUAGCUAGUGCAUGUACUAGCUAGUACCCGUUCAUCGAGGGACUUGCACGGCUGCCUCUGCAUUCCUCCUUUCUCAAAGUUAUUCCUCUUCAUCCUUGGGGUCUGCUAUUUAUAUUCAUAGCACAAUUCGAUAAUGUCAACAACGUCUCUCUCGCGAACACUACUCGUUGGGUUGUCCCUGAUAGCCGCCGUCAUUGGAAAUGAUACCUGCGAUGAUGUGGUUCAACUCACAAGCACAGAUCCUCUUGGUCCUUUUUACCGUGAGGAAAGUUCUAUGAGCAAUAUCAUUGUUUCCCGAUCGCUGUUGAUUGAUCCUGCCAAUGUCUUUGUGGUAAAUGGGGUAGUCUAUGGAAAUGACUGUGUACCACUAUCAGGUGCCCGCGUUGAAGCUUGGUAUGCAGGUGGAGGUGGCGAAUAUUCAGAUGACGACUACAGAGGACAAGUGUUCACCAAAGAGUGCGGAGAAUUCCAGUUUACGCAAACCUUCCCGGCUGUGUAUCCACAACGACCCAUUCAACACAUUCACUAUCGAAUUUCGGCUUCCGAUGAUACUCAACUUUUGGUUACUCAGUUGUACUUUGAAGGGUUCAUUCCUAGUCCGUACAACCCCGAUGAAUCCACGAUCGUCACUGUGGUCGACGAACCGGAUGGCAGUAAAAGUGCAGAGUUUCAUGUAUACGUAUCUAUUCCUGGAAAUUCCGAUUUGGAUGCUUGCAAAUCGGGAGUUGAAAACGGAGAAACUGGUGUCAAUUCCACCAUAGCGUUUCAAGAAGAAACCAUGGUUCCAGGUGAGCUUGAAGGAGAAGGCUCCAACAGUACUGUUACUGGGAUAGAUCCCAAUGAAGAUGCUACGUUGAUCGAGGCAGAGGAACCUGAUGAAGAAGGCGAGGGCGAUGCAGCAACCAGCGUAUUGCGUGGAGACAACUUGUUUGACUAGCUAGGGACUUGUAGCAUGAUGGUGCUGCACUCUGCAGAUCAGCUAAAAAUUUUAGCACCACCGCUUUCUUC